AUGGACAGGAACAGAAGCAGCAAUAAUAGCUCUUCGAUAGAUUUUGAAUUUACAGAUUUUCAUACGCUCACGGCGGCUGAAGCCGCCGAAAAACUCGCGACAGACCUAGACAAAGGUCUUUCGGGGACGGAGUUUGAACACCGAGUCAAGGAAAUUGGUGAGAAUUCGCUGGGCGAUGAUGCCAAAAUUGAUUACAAGGCGAUGGCGAUCCAUCAGAUUUGUAACGCGAUGAUCUUGGUGCUGAUCAUCUCGAUGAUUAUCGCAUUCGCGAUCCGGGACUGGAUCACCGGCGGCGUGAUUGCAUUUGUGGUUGGGAUCAAUGUGGUCAUCGGUAUCUACCAGGAAUGUAAGGCCUCCAAGACCAUGAACUCGCUGAAAACACUGAGCUCGGCUACUGCGCAUAUUCUUCGUGAUGGUAGAUCCGAGAAUGUGGGCUCGAAGGGCGUCGUGCCUGGUGAUAUAUGUCUGGUCAAGGUCGGAGACACCAUUCCAGCAGAUCUACGGUUGAUCAGCUCGAGCAACUUUGAGACGGACGAAGCGUUACUCACUGGAGAAUCGCUGUCCGUUGUCAAGGAUCCGGAUGCAGUGUACAGUUUGGAGGAGGACACUCCGAUCGGCGAUCGGCUGAAUUUGGCGUUUUCGUCGUCGACCGUGGUGAAAGGUAGGGCCCAAGGUGUAGUGAUCAAGACAGGUCUCAACACUGAGAUUGGUAAGAUUGCGCAGUCCCUGAGAGGGGCUGAGGGGCUUAUCUCGAGAGACCCGGCAAAGAGUUUUUUCCAGAAUGCGUGGAUUUCCACCAAACGUACCUGCGGUGCAUUCCUAGGGACCACGAUUGGUACCCCUUUGCACCGUAAGCUGUCCAAAUUGGCCAUUCUGUUGUUCGGGAUAGCAGUGGUGUUUGCCAUUAUUGUCAUGGCUUCGCAAAAGUUCAAUGUGGACCGCGAUGUGGCCGUGUAUGCGAUUUGCGUUGCUUUGUCGAUGAUUCCUUCCUCUUUGGUGGUGGUUCUCACGAUCACGAUGUCUGUGGGGGCUGCGGUUAUGGUCUCUAGAAAUGUCAUCAUCAGAAAGCUGGACUCCCUGGAGGCAUUGGGGGCCGUUAACGACAUUUGCUCCGAUAAGACAGGCACUUUGACCCAGGGUAGAAUGCUGACCAGACAAAUCUGGGUUCCAAAGUUUGGUACUAUCACGGUAAACAACUCUAACGAGCCCUUCAAUCCUUUUGCUGGUGAACUCAAUGUGAUCCCACGUCUGUCACCAUAUGAAUACGUGCAUAACGAAACCGAGGAUGUUGGAUUCUUGGAAAACUUCAAAAAUAGAUAUUACAGCAAUGACCUGCCUCCCGACAUGGCUACAGGUCUCUUUACGCAGUGGCUCGAGACAGCCGCAUUGGCAAAUAUCGCUACCGUAUUCCAGGAUCCAGAGACUCAGCAAUGGAAGGCCCAUGGCGAUCCGACCGAGAUCGCUAUUCAGGUCUUCGCCAGGAAGAUGGAGAUGCCUCGUUCUUCACUUACUGGAGAGUCCAUCUCUUCUUCAGAUGGCAGCAAUUAUAGUUGUGAUGAAAAGGUUGACACCGGUGCCAAGUUCGCCCAGGCAGCUGAGUUUCCCUUCGAUUCCACGAUCAAGAGAAUGUCUGCUGUCUACGAGAAUAGGACCGACAACUCGCAAACGGUUUUCACAAAGGGAGCGUUUGAAAGUGUUUUAGACUGUUGUAAAUAUUGGUAUGGCGGUGCGGGCGAUGACGAAAUGACCUCGCUAGGCGAUAAAGACAUCGAAAUAAUCAAGAAAAACAUUGACACUCUUUCCUCCGAAGGUUUGAGAGUGCUUGCAUUUGCAAAGAAGAUCAUUCCUCGAGAUGCUGUGAAUGAAGAUGUGAAAACUAAUUUGGCCACUAAUAGAAGCUUCGUCGAGUCUGAGUUAUGUUUCCUAGGUUUAAUAGGUAUCUAUGACCCUCCAAGGAAUGAAACAGCUGGAGCGGUCAAGAGAUUCCACAAUGCAGGUAUCAAUGUUCGUAUGUUGACUGGUGACUUCCCUGGAACUGCAAAGGCUAUUGCUCAAGAAGUGGGCAUCUUACCCACUAAUUUGUACCACUACCCAAAGGAAGUUGUCGAUAUCAUGGUUAUGACCGGUACUCAGUUCGACCAGCUCUCGGAAGAGGAAAUUGACGACUUGCCCGUUCUUCCCCUGGUCAUUGCCCGUUGUUCUCCACAGACCAAGGUUCGUAUGAUUGAAGCUUUGCAUCGUCGUGACAAGUUCUGUGCUAUGACCGGUGAUGGUGUGAAUGAUUCUCCUUCGCUGAAGAUGGCCAAUGUAGGUAUCGCAAUGGGUAUCAAUGGUUCAGAUGUCGCCAAGGACGCUUCAGACAUUAUCUUAAGUGACGACAAUUUCGCCUCGAUCCUGAAUGCCGUCGAAGAAGGUAGAAGAAUGAACGACAACAUUCAAAAGUUCGUCCUACAGCUGUUGGCCGAAAAUGUCGCUCAAGCACUCUAUUUGAUUAUCGGUUUGGUUUUCCGUGAUGAGAAUAACAGAUCUGUCUUUCCUCUAUCUCCUGUCGAAGUGUUAUGGAUCAUUGUAUUUACUUCCUGUUUUCCAGCGAUGGGUCUUGGUUUGGAAAAAGCUGCCCCUGAUCUCAUGGAUAGACCUCCAAAUGAUUCUAGGCAUGGUAUCUUCACUUGGGAAUGCAUUAUCGAUAUGUUCGCCUAUGGUUUUAUCAUGGCGGGCUGUUGUAUGGGAGCUUUCACAUCGAUCAUUUAUGGCAAGGAGGGCGGCAACCUUGGCUCUAACUGUGAUAAACAUGACAGUGCGUCAUGUCAUGGUGUCUUCAGAGCACGGUCAGCCACAUUCGCUACCAUGACUUGGUGUGCAUUAAUUCUUGCUUGGGAAGUCGUUGAUAUGAGAAGAUCAUUCUUCAAGAUGCAACCGGAGACUGACACGCCCUACACGCAAUUUUUUAAGGACAUUUGGUCCAAUAAGUUCCUAUUCUUCUCGAUCAUCAUUGCAUUUGCUACGGCUUUCCCAGUCGUAUACAUCCCCGUCAUAAACACGAGAGUUUUCCUACACGGCCCUAUUACCUACGAGUGGGGUAUUGCAUUUGGUUUUACUAUUGCCUUUUGUGCCGGUGCGGAGCUUUACAAGUAUUUCAAGAGAUUAUAUUUCAAGAACAAAGGUAAAGCUGAGAAUCCGGAGAACGAUUUGGAGAAGAAGUCGGGACAUGACCCAUUUGAGGCCUACAGCACAAGCACUACGAUGCAAACGGAAAUCAAUUUGCGUGGCAAAUAUUGA